AUGCCCGUGGAGGCUAAAGACAGAAUCGCAACUUCUAAUCGCGUGGAGAGUUACAUUCGUACCCCCAGGAUUCCGAUUCCUUUUGAGACAUUUUGCUUCCUUGACAUGCCCAAUCCAGAUUCAAUCCUUGAAAUGUCUCGAAAAAUAUGGCCCGAGGAAGGAAACUCAGACUUCUGUUAUGUUAUCCGCCUUUUCUUUUUACAUUUCACAACUGUGGUUUUAAAGAUAAAUAGACUGUGCACUGUUUUUUUCAUGGAAUUGUCGGAACCCAGUGAAGCGAAAGGUACUUUCAGUUUAUUUCUGUCAGAUCUUGCACAGAAGCUAAUUAAAUUCAUUCUUGCGCGCCUAGAUUAUGAAAAAUCUGUUGGGGAAGAGGUUCUGACUCCUUAUGCAGAUCCAGGUUGCCUGACAAUCCUUCACAAUGAUGAAGGGGAAGGGCUUGAGGUUCUAUCGAAAGAAGGGAAGUGGAUCAACGUCAAGCCAUCACCAAACUCCCUUGUUGUCAACUUAGGGGAAAGCCUCAAGGCAUGGAGCAAUGGUAGAUACAGGAGUGCAGAUCACCGCGUGAUUUGUAAAGGGUGGCAGAAUCGUUUAUCGGUUCCCCUUUUUUAUAGCUUUCCCCGCGAUGCCCAAAUCUUUGCUCCAGAGAUUCUUGUGAAUGAAGAUAAUCCACGACGAUACAAACCUUUUGUCUUCUCUGAAUUGCAGUCUGAAUUGCGCAAAGGUUUCAGAAAUUAUAAAGCAGAUGGAGAACAAGUCAAAGUGGUGGAACGAUUGGCUGGCAUAUAG